AAAAUGGUAAAACAGUGGCGAUAAAAUCUGGUAUCCCUAUUCUGAUUUACAUCAUGUAGUCAUUAGAGAUGUCGGGAUCUAUACAUCAGCAUCAGCCCGGUCAAAUUCACAACGCCGUUACGCCAUCCCCAUCCAGGUUUCAGCGCCCCCACGUGCACCACGUGCGUAAUCUCGCACACCAGGCCACUUCGCAAAUUAAACCGGUCGUCAAAUAUCGACCGGGUAUUUUAAUCUUGGCAGCGGUGCAGAUUGUUGGUGGGUUAUUGAUUCUUACCUUGGAAGCAAUAGGUUCUGUUUUAUCAAUGGUCAAUCGCGGAUCACUGAAAGAAAUCGACUACGCCGGCGUGUACGUUGGGCUCUUUUCAAUUCUGACCGGAACAUUUGAUAUCGUGGGAACACGGCACCGCCUUCCCGUCAGUCUCCGGCGUUACCUGUUCAUGAUCAGCAGUGCACUGACGACCUUCCUUGCCCUGCAGGCUUUUGCCAUGAGUUGCGCCUUAGCGGCCACUCUUGUCCUGACAACAACAUCCUGGGACAGUAUAAUGGAGUUUGUUAACAGAGUGAGCAAAACCGUGGAUAUUCCGCUGUCGCUCGCUACGACUACCACCACCAUGACCUCGUCACUGCCGCCUAACAUUCAAGCCGAAAUAGACACCAAUCGGGUAUUGCUAACCGGCGUGCGUGGAUCAUUAUUUGUAUUAUAUUUCUUGGUAUUUGCCUCGGCUGUUGUUGCCUCGUGUUUCGGGUGUUGCAAUUUUUGUAAAUGCUGGAUGCGUCAACAGACACUGCAGUUGCAAAGCGACAGAAUAGCGACGGUAUACCCGCCACAUCUUAGCGUGACCUUGGAGCAUGAGACAGACAGAAAUGAGAAAAAGCAUCGGGACAAAAGAACGGAUAAAGAAACGAGAAAACAUGACGAUAAGUAA